AUGGUGGACAUUCAAAAAUUCAAAUAUGGUAUGAUGUUCAAAAAUAACCAAGCGUUAUGUGUACUGUGUUUAGAAAGUGUUGUAUGUCGGACUUCAUCUGUCAAACGUCAUUUUGAAACUAGUCAUAAAACACUGUUUACAAAAUCUGCCGAUGAACUAAAAUGUUUUAUUUCACGUGCACUAUCAAAUAAAGAUGCACAAAAUGAUAAAUUAAAAAAAUUUGUUAAAAAAUCUGAUAAUUUAGUGUCUGCCAGUUUUGAUGUUGCAAAGUCUAUCGCUGUUCGGGGAAAACCGUUUAGUGAUGGAGAUUUUAUUAAAAUUCGCCAAACACGUUUAAUACAUUAG